AAAAUAUCUAAACAUACCAACACCUUUGCCGUGGAUUGGGGCAGUCCCUUCUUUGACAUGGCAGACUUGACUGCCUGGGUCUUUGUCCUUGACUAUGGUGCAGGCAAAUCCAUCGAUCACACUGUGAUUAUAGGACAGCGACUGGGAAUUGCUCUGACUUUUAUCGCCCUCUUGACUACUGGAGCUGAAUAUGAAGAACUUGCUGUCGUUGUAGCUGCAAUUCUACAAGGCCGCACCCCUUUAGCCCUAGGCAAUGUGAUGGGAUCUACGAUUUCCAACAUCCUCGGUGCCUUUUCGCUGGGGCUGUUGAGUCCUUUUGAUAUUGGCGCAAAGAUAGUAUACUCUGCGCUCCAAGUCUUUAUCACUACGCUUUUCGUCAUCUUGGCAUAUUUUCAACAACUAAAUAGAGUUAUCGGUGGGCUUUUCAUUGAUCUCUUCGCACUUUAUAUCUUUAUUGGCUUUGCUAUCUAUAAAGACAUACGUGAACUACCUCAGCUGUCGGACAGUGAAAGUGAUGACGAAUCAAUCAAUGUUUGUGAUGAACAGAUACCAGGGCAGCAUGCUAAUCAAUUAGAUACCUUGAUUCUGUUUGAUCUGGUCACAAUUUGGGUGCCCUCAAUGUCCCUUCUAGCGGUCAUCUUCCUGGGACCCCAUCGAAUGGCUGGCCUAGCACUUCUUGCUGCCUGUUCAUCUUUUACAGGC